AUGGCGGGGGAAGAUUUACUGAAACGUAAUGAUGGAGGUGCACCAGAGGACUUGCAGUUGAAACAUGAUGAUGUUGAUGUUCUUGAAGACUCAGAGUCUCCAAAAAUACAAGAAUCUGACCCUGAAUUGGCCCAUGAUGAGGGAAAGAGGUGGCCUGGAUGGCCUGGAGAGAAUGUUUUCAGGAUGCUGAUUCCUGUGCAAAAGGUUGGUAGUAUCAUUGGCCGAAAGGGAGAAUCCAUUAAGAAAAUUAUUAAGGAGACAAAGGCUCGGAUUAAAAUUCUGGAUGGCCCUCCUGGGAUCUUGGAAAGAGCAGUCAUGGUUUCUGCAAAAGAAGAGCCCAAUGUUUCUAUAUCUCCAGCUAUGGAUGGUUUGCUGAGGGUUCAUAAGCAAAUUCUUGGUUCAGAUGAUUCUGCAAGUCCUGCUACUUCAGACAUCAAAGCCAGACUUCUAGUGGCUGGUGCUCAAGCAGCAAGCUUGAUUGGGAAGCAAGGCUCCACUAUAAAAUCUAUUCAAGAUGCUUCUGGUUGUACCAUUCGAAUUCUUGGAGCAGAACGCCUGCCACCUUUUGCUCUGAAAGAUGAUAAUAUUGUUGAGAUACUAGGUGAGCCAGCAAGUGUGCACAAAGGAGUUGAACUAAUUGCUAAUCAUCUUCGGAAGUUCUUAGUUGACCACAGUAUUAUUGGAGUGUUUGAAACACAAAUGCAAAUGCCAAAUGUUCGAUCAAACCAGAACAUGAUCCCACAACAAUCUUGGGGCCCUCUGCAGGCUUUUCUGAACAAUGCUGGUGGUAGAAAUGUUUAUGGGCCCAAUUCCCAAUAUUUGCUGCCUCAACAUCAACAUGAUCAUUAUCAUCCGCAUUCUGAUAUACCUCCUUUUGAUCAGCAGCCCCAUCUAGGUCCUUCCAUAUAUGGAAGAGAUACUUCUAUAGGCCAUUCAUCAAAUGCACAGCCACAAUCAGUGGUUGGAAAGAUGAUACACCAUAUGCAAAUCCCUCUGUCAUAUGCUGAUGCUUUGAUUGGUGUAUCUGGUGCAAACAUAAGCUAUAUACGUCGUGCCAGUGGGGCUGCUAUUGCAGUACAGGAAACAAGGGAUGUGCCUGGUGAGAUGACUGUUGAAAUUAAUGGAACUGCUUCACAAAUGCAAACAGCUCAACAGUUGAUACAGAACGUCAUUGCUGAAGGUAAAAGUAACUCGCAGAACCGAACAAGAGAAUCAAUUGGUCAGGGAUUUAAUGCCUAUCCAGCUUUCUCAUCCAGUGGAUCAGUCAGUCGAGAGUACACUCCUUAUCCAGCUAAAGGUCUGAUAUACGCAUCGCAACCAUCUGAAGUUACUAGACAUGUGGGCCAUUCACCAGCUGAAAACCAUGGUUCAGGGCAUGGCACUGAUUAUGGCUACUGAGAAGCCAAGGUUCUACAUUUGGGGUUUUGAUUUGCUUGCGAUAGAAUAUAUAUUUGGGUCCAUUCACCUGGAAAUGUGGUGAAUUUGAUAUUAACUAUUUAUGUUUUGGUUUACAAAUAGUUUGAUUUGUGUUUAGUGAAUUUGAACAAAAGGACUAUUCCAUAAA